CCGGCCCCAAAAGAAUCACUCACUCUUGAUGUUAGAAGGUCCAACCUGAUCCUUGGCAUAGGAAUAUUUAUUCUUUUUCCUGUCCCACAAAUAGAAUCCAGGGCCUCACAGACAUGUGUUCUAUGGCUCAGCCAUAGCCUCGAUACCCUGUUUUGUCUUGGGGAGGAGGGGGAGCAGUGAACACCUGAAAGUGCUCAAAGGUCAGCUCUCUUUGGGGUUUUCUCCUACUGAAGGUUCAUUUAAGCUGUACCCCAUCACUGAAUCAGCUUUUCCACCCUCACACCCUAGAGCCUCUUCCCAAACCCAAACCACUGUGUUGUCCUGCUAGCACUUUAACCCAAAGUAGCCAUGUUCAGUUUAUUCAAAAGGAACAUGCAUAAAUAUGUACAGAUCUUCCAGAUAAAAUAUGAAAAAAUACAUUUUGGCCUCAAAAAAUACACUUUGGUUUAAAAACCUGGAAUGUUGGUGCUGGAGAGAUGAAAGGCAAUUUCCUGUUGACUUAAAAAAUUUUUUAUUAUGUUUUUGAUGUGGAAGGUGGAGCAGAGGAAGGAAAUGGAAUAAGAAAGUUGAAUUAUUUCAGUAGUUUUCCAGGAAGUUCAAUUGUAAUCAACUCCAAAAUUCAAGAAGAAAAUCAAGUUUUGUUAAAAUUUCUCUAUCCACCUUUCAUGGGAGGUAUGGGGGAGCAGAUAAUCCAGUAUAAAGCCAUUAAAAUGAGGACUGGGGAAAGGGUUCAGACUCCACUGAACUAACCUGAAUCUUCCAUCACUAUAGGUGACAAAAGUGCUAAACUUCUUCUGGGCUUGGUUUCAGAAAUAUAAACAUCUCAUCCCCACUGAGCAAACUGCAUGUUUUCUCCAAUAAAAGAAGGAUAGCCAACCCCAGGGAGAUGGCUCUCAGGGCCAGUGGGUCCCACCUUGCCUGCAGAUGGUUUCCUUUGGUACUGCAGGGAACCCUAAGCACCCCAGGCAGUGACCUCUGAGCACUGUAUCAGGAGUGGCCCCACAAUUCGAGGAACCACAGAGGCAGAGGUACCUGGAUUCUGUGUCCCAACCCCUGUCUCGAGCACAGGGAAACUGAGACACACUCAGUAUAUAUAUAUAUAUAUAUAUAUAUAUAUGUAUAUAUAUAUAUAUAUUUUUUUUUUCAGUUUAUCUGAGCAAAAAUCAAUCCACCUGGGGCAGAAUGAAACCAAAAAUGGUUGGGGCCAGAGCAAUAGGACAGUGGGUAGGGCAUCUGCCUUGCACAAGGCCAACCCUGGUUCAAUUCCUGGCAUUCCAUAUAGUCCCUGAGUGCUGCCAGAAGUAACCCCUGAGCAAAGCUGGGUAUGACCCAAAAGACAAAACCAAAACCAAACUCUGAAGUGGUUAAGAGUGCUCAGCUAAAGGAAGGUGGGGGACUCUGUGUGUGUGUGUGUGUGUGUGUGUGUGUGUGUGUGUGUGUGUGUAUGUGUGUGUGUGUAUGUGUUAAAGUCUAGUUGGUUAGGACUGGUUUUGUUACCUGUGUGUGUGUGUGUGUGUGUGUGUUAAAGUCUACUUGGGUAGGACUGGUUUUGUUACCCCCAGACCUCUGCACUUUCGUUUUCAUUUGCUUAUGCCUGUUACCAAGGAUGGUAUUCAAGUCACCUCAACAUAAUGUUUUUUCCUAUUCUUUUAUUUAUUUAUAUAUUUGUUUGGGGGGGGGGGUCACACCCAGCAGUGCUCGGGGCUUAGCUUACUUCUGGUGGGUUCCAGCGGCCAUAAGGCUUGCUGGGGAUUGCAACCAGGUCAGCUGUGUACUAAGCAAGCCCUAUCCACUCACUCUGGCUCCUUUCCUGUUGUUCUGGCUGACUUCCUUGGGUUUGCUCCAAUACCAGAGGUGCUCGCUAAGGUACAACUGUAUAUAUUUGCUGGGGCACAAAUUCCUCCUUAUCCAGCCAGUAAGUAAUUCUAUGAUCUAAAGCCAACUUAGUAAGAAAGCCCAGCAACUUUGGUUGCGUAGUUGUGUGGUUGUACCUUUGUGAGAGAGUUAAGGAUAGUUGCAUGAGCUCAGGAACAUUAUCUUCCUGUGCACUAACAGGAAGAACAAUUGGUGAAAAGAUGAAAGGAGUAAGAGAUUCAUGAUGGAGAUCAAAAUUUAAAUCCAUGAAUUCAGAAGAGCUGUCUGUCUCAAGAUACUCUGUGUUUUGGGACUGGAAAUGCCCACACAGAUUUAAAGUUUACCUCUGUCUCCAGCGGGUGUACCAUUCCCAGAGUCUGGAGGUGCACUUUUCAUUGCAAGGUGUAACCCCAGCAUUCAAGUCCCUCAAAUCUGACUGCCACUUGGGUACUUAGGAGAACUUGCUAUAUUCUGAUUCAAGAAAAUUCAAGGGCGAUCUUGGUUCUUGGGCAGAGAAUACUGAAAAUGUUUUGUUUGGGUUUUUGGUUUGGGAGCCACACCCAACUGUACUCAGGGCUUAUCCCUGACUCUGUGCUCAGAAAUUACUCUAGGGAACCAUAUGGGGUGCUGGGGAUAGAACCAGGACCAGCCACAUACAAGGCAAAGACUUACCCCAGUAUUGUGCUUGUUGAGUACUGGUUACAGGGCUUGUACUCACACUGUUGUGCUGGGGUUGAACCCCCUACUCAGCAUGCCGUGGGGUCAUACCUUAAAGUGAGUUAUCACUGGGCCCCCCCCAAGACUGAUCUUCUGAAAGCCUUUCCAGGGUAAGAAGCCUAACUCAGGACUCACCGUCAGACUUGGGAGGAUAUUUCCUCUCUUCUCAAGGUAUCCCAUGAUAUCUUGAGGUUCCUGCCAGGAAAUGACGAUUGUUACUCACCAGAUCAGGAUGUUAGGAGCCCUGCAAACAGUGUGCUGGGACUUUAUUGGCUCCAUAAAGUCAAACUUCCUUUCCCACAACUGUCUGAUGGGAUCUUGUUUUAAGGCAGAUUCUCAAAUCCUCUACAUUAUAGUCAAAGUCUUGGGAGUAAAAACAGCAUUUCCCAUUGUGUCCUAUUAUAGGGACUAAUUUUUAUGGAGUGCAUGCAAGUAACAACACUGGCAUGGAAAAUAAAUUUCCAAAAUUCUGGAUGAAUCAGGUAGCAGCACUGUAGCACUAUCAUCCUGUUGUCAUCGAUUUGCUCGAGCAGGCACCAGUAACGUCUCCAUUGUGAGACUUGUUGUUACUGUUUUUGGCAUAUCGAAUAUACCACGGGUAGCUUGCCAGGCUCUGCUGUGCAGGGGGAUACUCUUGGUAGCUCGCCAGGCUCUCCGAGAGGGACAGAGGAAUCAAACCUGGGUUGGCUGCGUGCAAGGCAAACGCCCAACCCACUGUGCUAUCCGCUCCAGUCCUAGGAUGAAUCAGGUAAAAAGAAAAAAAAUAAAUGUUUCAGUUACAAAGGCAUACAUUACCACAGUUGUAUGUCAGAGACAGCUUAAGAGAAAAAUCAAGGUUUCCUUAAACCUGGAAAACAAAACAUUAAGGAAUUAGAAAUGUCUCAAGGAAAAAGAGGUAAAGAAGUUAGAAUCAGCAUCAGUUCAUUUAAUCCUACAUUACCGAUUCUUGUUCUGUUUGAAUGCAGUCUUUUUAUUAGUUCUAAAUUUUUUUUUUCACUCUUUUUGGGUCACAGCCGGUGUUGCACAGGGGUUACUCCUGGCUCAUGCACUCAGGAAUUACUCCUACAGUGCUCGGAGGACCAUAUGGGAUGCUGGGAAUCGAACCCGGGUCAGCCGUGUGCAAGGCAAAAGCCCUACCACGUGCAAGGCAAAUGCUGUGCUAUUGCUUCAGUCCCCCCAAAAUUCUUGCCCAUUGAGGUUUAUCAUCUUAAAGUUAAGAAACCUGUAUUCUACACAGCAGCAUCAGAAUCAUUCCCCUGAAUCUCUCUGAAGAUGAACUUCUGCAAAAGCAUGAGGAUAAAAGAGUAACUGCAAAUGUCAAAAAGAAUUCAGAGCCAAGAGUAUUCAAUACACAAGAUGAUUCUCAGAGACGUGAGUCCACCAUCCUCCACGCUGUGGACCUGUUGUUUAAUAAAGCUCUCUCUCUCCACAUCACCUUGUCUCUCUCAAUACACUGGCACCAAAGAGCAACUGCAACCUGGCCUUUGUGACUGCAAACUAACCACAUGUGUGCCCCGACAGGCAGAAAGCCACAUUUUCUGGGCACUGAAGGAGACAAAGGUGAAAUCCAAGACUUUCUCUGGGAAGCAUUCACUAACUUCAGUGUCUGAUAAAGUCUUCAUGCAGUCACGAGGUACUAGGAUCCAAGAAAACCUUAGGCAGCGCCAGAGGCAUGGGAGAGCCAGGAGCUUAAUUGGCCCAGGUGCAUAGCACCACACCACAGCCCGCCACUCACCACACCUGGGGGAUCCAGCAUUUCAACACUUUAUAUAAAGAUGCCUAGGGGAGUAACAAUCACUGAAAAGCAGAGCCAACCUGGAAUGCUUGGGAGACCCCCAUGAAGAGAUGCUCAGGAGAGAGACUGACACAGAGAAAAGUUGGGUGGGACAGCGCAAAUGGGUCAGCAUACUUGGCUGUCUGCGACCCCUGCAGCAUUCGUUGGUUGAUUUUUGGGUGCUGCCUCAGCUCAGGGCCUCCUUGUGGGGUUAAUUUAAACAACCGUUACCAGAGGAUUUUCCCCUUGGUUUAGUGUCAAAGCCGCCUUUGGAUAAACUGUGCCUGUGAGGCGUGGUGCAGGGGAGGGCGGUCUGGGAGGGUAUCCAAUGACGGCCUUUCCUCCGCCCCUCAGGAAGUAAAGUCCACUGGCCAGGGCGCCCAAAUUGGCUCUGACCUCGGGUUCCGACAAGGCUCACUUGUGUUCACAGCCCAGCCAACUGCCCGGGAACGCAAGGAACGGUCUCGAAAACUGCCUAAUUUCUUUUUCUUGGCUUCAUCUGUGGAGAAGUCCCUGGCUGAACAGCACAUCUAAGGAAUCUGUAGAUAAAGCAUCAUGCCGAAAAGGGAGAGGAAAGCCCACACCUACACACAAGUCCCAGAUGGAGGCUGGGGAUGGAUGGUCGUGCUUCACUUCUUCCUGGUAAAUGUGAUUGUGAUGGGGAUGACCAAGACGUUUGCAAUUUUCUUUGUGAUUUUUCAAGAAGAGUUUGAAAGCACCUCAAAGCAAACUGGUUGGAUUGGAUCCAUCAUGUCCUCACUUCGUUUCUCUGCAGGCCCUCUGGCUGCCAUCACUUGUGACAUCACUGGAGAGAGAACUGCCUCUAUUCUUGGGGCUCUCCUCUUUACUGGAGGAUAUCUUAUCAGUAGCUGGGCUACAAGCAUUUCCUUUCUCUGUGUAACUAUGGGAUUUUUACCUGGUUUGGGUUCUGCUUUCUUGUAUCAAGCAGCUGCUGUUGAAAUUACAAAAUACUUCAAAAAACGCCUGGCUCUUUCCACAGCUAUUGCUCGAUCUGGGAUGGGAUUCACAUUUCUUCUAGCACCCUUUACAAAAUUCCUCGUAGAUCUGUAUGACUGGAAAGGUGCCCUUAUGUUAUUUGGAGCUAUCACACUGAAUCUGGUGCCUUCCAGUAUGCUCCUAAGACCUAUCUAUAUCAAAAGCGAGAGCAUGCCUGAUGUCCAAGAGAGAGGCAGCAGUAUGACUGCAAGUGCUCCAGAUGCUGCAUCUGAGCCAGAAACAUCGCAAGUCAAUGAGACACAUGCAUCGACCACUGGGGACACAGCGCUGCACGCGGCCAUACAGCCCAGUACAAGCUUAAUAGUCUCACAAAACCAAAGCAGGGAGUCUAACAGUGGGCCUAAGAGAAAUGCAGGACCUCGCCUAAUAACUAAUGAAAGCAGCAAGAAGGUCACUUCAGGGUGCUGUAAACAAAAUCUCUUUGAUAUGUCUGUUUUUAAGAAUCCUUUCUUCUACAUAUAUACCUGGUCCUUUCUCCUCAGUCAGCUUGCGUACUUCAUCCCUACCUUUCACCUGGUUGCCAGAGCCAAAACACUGGGAAUUGACAUCCUGGAUGCCUCCUACCUUGUUUCUACUGCUGGUAUCAUUGAGACAGUCAGUCAGAUUAUCUCUGGAUGGAUUGCUGAUCAAAACUGGAUCAAGAAGUACCAUUACCAUAAGACUUACCUUAUCCUCUGUGGUAUCACUAACCUGCUGGCACCCUUAGCCACCACAUUUCCACUCCUUAUGACCUACACCAUCUUCUUUGCCAUUUUCUCUGGUGGCUACAUGGCACUGAUACUUCCCGUACUGGUUGAUCUGUCUGGGAUUUCUAAAGUACACAGCUUUCUGGGACUCGCAGCCUUCUUUGCUGGGAUGGGUGUCCUUUCUGGACCACCUCUGGCAGGUUGGCUAUAUGAUUAUACCCAGACAUAUACUGGCUCCUUCUACUUCUCUGGCAUCUGCUAUGUCCUUUCUUCAGUUUCCUUUUUCUUUGUACCAUUGGCUGAGAGAUGGAAAAACAGAGUCUGAUCAGAAAGGAAGAAGACUGCAACCAAAUGAGCUUUAAAAAUGGAAAUUCAAGUCACUGGAGACAAAAGCUUAAAAGAAAAUGUCCUCACUUGCAAGAUAACAAUGUGAACUGAUGGGUGGCUUUUUAGGUUCUUUUUUUUUUUCAGCAUUCUGAGGAAAGGCUACAUCACAGUAAGAAAAAACAGUAAGAAAAGGUAAUAGCAAUUAAGCUACUUGUUAGUAUUUAAUCAACUGAUAUUAAUAUUUUAUACUUAUAAAUCAGUUGAAGCAGCUAUUUUACAUAUUAAAUGAAAAUUAUAUGUGGUUAAUAAAUUAGGGUCAGGGAGGUAUCUCAAAGGGCUCAAGCACAUGCUUUCCAAGAACUCCUGGGUUUGAUCCCUGGCACCACAGGACCCCAUGGGCACAGGAGUGACUCCUGAUGUAGCCCCCAGAGCACCAACAGGCAUGCCCUCCAAACCAAAAUAAAUGAGUAACAAAAUCAAACUUGCUAUUGUGUCAUGGUUAUUCAGCCACUAAAACAUUUGAUGGAAAACUUUUUCUUAAAAGAAAGUAUUAAAUAGGGGGCUGGAGUGAUAGCACAGCAGGUAGGGCGUUUGCCUUGCACAUGGCCAACCUGGGGUCGAUUCCCAGCACCCCAUAUGGUCCCCCGAGCACCGCCAGGAGUGAUUCCUGAAUGCAUGAGCCAGGAGUAACGCCUGUGCAUCGCCGGGUGUGACCCAAAAAGAAAAAAAAAAAAAAAAGAAAGUAUUAAAUAUAGCAUGUGGAUAACUAGAACUUUGGAAUGUGAAUGACUAUUAAAACUUUAAGGGGCUGGAGCAAUAGCACAGCGGGUAGGGCGUUUGCCUUGCAUGAGGCUGACUCGGGUUCGAUUAUCAGCAUCCCACAUGGUCCCCCUGAGCACUGCCAGGAGUAAUUUCUGAGUGCAGAGCCAGAACCAACCCCUGUGCAUUGCCGGGUGUGACCCAAAAAACAAACAAACAACAAAAAAUUAAUAAUGACUGAUAUGGCAAAUAUAUCCCUCUCCAAAAUCAAUCUUUGCUUACUGAUUUGGGGUAAUACUUAUUUUCAUUAUUUUAUUAAAAAUUCUACCAAUAUUGGGGCUAGAGUGAUAGCAUAGCGGGUAGGGCGUUUGCCUUGCAUGUGGCCGACCCGGGUUCGAUUCCCAGCAUCCCAUAUGGUCCCCCAGCAUGGCCAGGAAAAAUUCUUCAGUGCAGAGCCAGGAGUAACCCCUGAGCAUCUCUGAGUGUGACCCAAAAAGCAAAACAAACAAACAACAACAAAAAAAAAUUCUACCAAUAUGAAACUUCAAUAACUCACAUUCCUCUCCAAAAUUUAUCUCUGCUUAUUAUUUCCUUUUUAAUAUUUUGUUUCUUAAGAAUCCUAGUAUUGGUUCAGAGAAGUAGUACAGUAGUAGGCAAGGCAUUUGCCUUGGCCUUGCACGCUGCCAACUAGGUUCAAUCCCCAGCACCCCAUACAGUCCACCAAGCCUCCCAGGAGUAAUUUCUGACUGCAGAGCCAGGAGUAACCCCUGAGCAUUGCCAGGUUUGGCCCCAAAACCAAAAAAAUAAAACACCCCAAAACCAAAAACCCUAAAAUAAAUGUAUUAUUCAUUUAAAAAUAAAUAAGAAAUGGGGUUAGAGAGAUAGUAGAGCUUGUAGAACUUGCUUUGCACGUGGUUAAACCAGUUUAAUCCCUAGCACCUUAUUCAGUUCCCUGAGUCCACCAGGAGUAAUCCCUGAAUGCAGAGCAGUAAUAAGCCCUGAGCACAGCUGGGUAUGGCCUACCCCCGCCCCCAUUUUUUUUAAAGAAUUGUCUUACGGAAAUCUUUAUUUCAAAAUCUGAAUAGUAUUUCAGUCUAUCUCACUUUUCCACUAUACCUAGUUAUCUAAAAUAUUCAAGAUAAGUAUGUGAUGAAAACUAUACAUCUUGGCCGCCGAGAUGUGAUCCCGGGGAUGGCACGCGUGCGGCCCCUCCACAGCUGCACGAGCAUGAGUCCAGAGGCCAGUUAAACUACUUUUGGUAUGGGCAGCUCCUUGCAGAAUGUCUCCAGACUGAGAACUAAGUCUCGGCCCCAUGCCUGCACAGGAGGGGAAAGGUAUUUCUCUCUCUUGCCUCUUCCUUGCCGGGGGUGAAGGGCAUGGCAACCGCCAUAUUAUGAUGACCACAGAUGAGAGUUACAAGCCUGCAAUGAUCUAAUAUCUGGAAGAAAUCUCCCUGGACUUAGUUGCUAAAGUACAGAAAUCCAAAACCACGCAGCCUCAUAUCUCUUCACAACAGGUCUGACUCUAAUGGGGUACUCCUAACAAUAAUAGUGAGGCUUUUGUUGAAAUAUUGAAUGUAACCAAAGUAAAGAGAAAGUAAAGUGAAAUUUAUCAGUUAUGGGGGAGGGGAGUCGGCGGGGGGGGGGGGAGGUAUACUGGGGUUAGUUUGUUCUUUUUUUUUUUCUGGUGGUGGAAUAUGGGUACUGGUGAAGGGAUGGUUGUUUCACCAUUGUCUAACUAAUUGAGACUUAAGCCUGAAAGCAUUGUAAUUCUCCACAUGGUGAUUCAAUAAAAUAAAAUUUUUAUUAAAAAAAAAAAAAAGAAAACUAUACAUCUUAUAUGAAGCCAAACAAGUAUGUUUAGGGUUUGUUUCAGUUUGUUGUUUGGGGGCCACACCCUACAGUGUUCAGGAACUACUCCCAGAACAUCUUGAGUGCUGCUCCAAAUGGUAUUCAGGUGACCACAUGGUUGUGGUACCAGGAACUGAACCCAGCAUUCCACAAGCAAAGCAAGUGCUCUAAUUCUUUGGAGUUAGGGCUAUGGUCUGACUAGGUGGUUUUUAAUGGGAGGAAUAUUGUAAAUUAAAAGAUGUUGAAAAUAUUGAAUAAUUAUGUUAACUAUAAUGCUUAGAAUAAACAAUUACAUGUGAACAGAAAGCCCUCCAUUAUUUAAGUGAUUUUAAACAGGAAAAAACCUUCUUUAGAAUAUCCUUCAGAACAUUCCAUAAAAUGAUCACUCUUAUAUUCUUACAUUUCUCGCUGCCUAAAAAUUUUACUCCCCGCAGAGAAAAAUCCUAAACUAAAAGUCUGGUUUGGGCUCCAAAAUACCAUUUGUUCCCUUAUGUCUAUGUGAAUUCUACCACCAGCUACAAUCUCAAAGGUCUGUCUUUCUCUACCAAAAAUAUUCGCUCAGUGUUCAAGAUCCACUCACUCAAAGGCCACCUCUUCCGGAAAACGGUCCCCAGCAUUGCCAUUCUCUCAUUGAAAUCUCAUGUAACCUUAAUAGUCCUCCACACACUUACAUGUCAAUAUUUUCAUCUGCAAAAUCAACAAAACGCAUUCUUAUCUUUGAUACCCCUAAGUAUAGCAAAAAAAAAAAAAAAUUACGUUGGGUUCAAAUACUGGGUAUCUUAAAAACAGUACUUAGCCCUGUUUUAAGUGUAUGAGUUUCACACUUAAACGUAAAUCUAGUAUUUUGUAUUUCACAUUUUAGACAUAAUUAAAAACAAACAAACAAACAUCACCUCCUUCACAUGCAAAUAGCCAAACAGUUAAAGCCAAAUCCUACCUCUAUUGCUUGUGACCUUAUAGGUGGCUCUAUUAGUUACUCAACCUGAGUUCCAAUUUCCUCCUCUAUGAAAUGAGGAUAAUGCCAACAACCUAUCACAAAUAUGUAUUGUGAAAAAUGAAUGAAAACAUACUAGUACCACACAAAAUGCCCCUUCAUAUAGAGGCAUUUGCUAAUGACCUUUCUUCUGCUUUCUAUGACUUCAUAUAAAAUUCAUAGUUCUCAUAACAUACUUAGAUUUAAUAUUUUAGAUAAGUAGAUAUAGUGAAAAAGUUGAGAUUUUCCGGGGCUGGAGCAAUAGCACAGCGGGUAGGGCGUUUGCCUUGCACAAGGCAGACCCGGGUUCUAAUCCCAGCAUCCCUUAUGGUCCCCUGAGCAUGGCCAGGGGUAAUUCCUGAGUGAAGAGCCAGGAGUAACCCCUGUGCAUCGCCGGGUGUGACCCAAAAACCAAAAAAAAAAAAAAAGUUGAGAUUUUCCACUGGAAUAUUAUUCAGAUCUUGAAAUAAGGAUAAAGAUAUAAUAAUUAACAGAAGAUAAAGUAAUAAUUUACUAGGAACCACUCCUCCAUCUUCCCUUUCCUUCUGAGCAGUAACUGUUCUCUCAACCGAGACUUUUCCCAGGACAACUAGAUCCAUUUCCCUAAUGAAAGCAAAGUAGGCCUAACUGAAGUUGUCCAACUGAUUUGAUUUACACAGGCAUUACGAAUCUUAUUCAACAGCAGUUUUUUAUCCUCCUCUCUAUUAUAAUAGGUCCUCUAAUAAACCUGUAGGGUAAGUUAAUAAUGUUAUAAUCUCUAUAACAGGAAGCUAAAGACUUCUAUUAACUAACAUAUUGUGUCAACAAUUAGUAUUUUUAAAGGAAAGCAUUAAAAAAUGCCAACACAUUUCAAGAAUCCGUAACCUAGAAAUACUAUCCAAUACAUUGUAGGUUUUUAAAAAAGUGAAAUGAUUUUUUUUUAAAAAAAGUGAAAUAAUUACUUUCUCCUCUGCGAUCUCUGUGGUGGGGCUGAGUACACGCAGCUGACCCAUUCAAUCUCCAGCAUCCCAUGUAAUCCUCCAAGCCUACCAGGAGUGAUCCCUGGGAUAACCAGAACCAGGAAUAACCCCUGAACUGGGUGUGCCCAAAAAGCAAAGAAAAAUCUCUAUGGAACAAAAAAAUAACAAAUUAACAGACUAAGGGUACACAAUGCACCUGUAUUUGAAGUCUAAGCAUUGGGCAGUUUCUUUAUUUCUUAUUUAUUUUUGGGCCAUACCUGGUAGUGCUUGGGAGCCAGGAUCAAACCUGGGAUGAUCACAGGCAAGGCAAGCACCUUACCUGUUUUAUUAUGUAUUAUUUCUCUGACCCCAUAGAUCCUUUAUAUUGUUAUUCUUGGACAACAUCUGGCAGUGCUCAGGGCUUACCCCAGGCUGUGCUCAGG